AUGGCGAUAUCAAGGAGAAAAGUUUGUUGUUCUUUUCUGUCCGAUGUAUUUCUCACUUAUUCAACGGUCAAAGUGGUUCAAGUACCAAAUACACUUAUUGCAAUUGUUUAUCGUUUAAUUCAAUUAAUUAUUUUUGCUUAUAUAGCACUUUAUAUUGUUUGGCUUAAACAAGGAUAUCAACAAUUUCAAGAACCACGUGGAACAAGUAUAAUUAAAGUAAAAGGAAUUGCUAAAGUAGCAGGCAAUGAAACAAUACGAUUCGUGCACGCAGAUCAAACACAUUUAUGGGAUACAGCUGAAUAUCAAAUGCCUCCACUUGAAAAUAAUGCAUUUUUUAUUACUACACGGCAAAUAGUUACUUAUGAUCAAACAGAAGGCGAUUGUCCUAGUGCACUAGAAGAUAAAUUAUUUUGUAAUUCAUCAGAAUCAGAUGUAUGUCCAGCAGGUCAACCAACACCAAAUACAUUUGGUUAUUUUACGGGAAAUUGUGUACCAACUUUUGAAAAUGCUUCUAUAAAUGUUUGUGAAAUACAUGCUUGGUGUCCAGAAGAACUUUCACAAUCAACUGAAUUUAUAAUGAACAAGGAUGAUAUGGAAAAUUUUACAAUUUAUUUAAAAACAAUGGUGACAUUUACACUAUUCAAUAUCAAUUUGAGAAAUGUUCGUGAUGCAACUAAUUUUACAUGUCGAUAUCAUAAAGAUAACGAUCCACAUUGUCCUAUUCUUCGUAUUGGUGAUAUUCUUGAUAGUCUUAAUACAAAUAAAUCAGCUCUUCUACGUGAAGGUGGUUUAAUUGAAAUUCGUCAAGAUUGGACAUGUAAUUUUGAUUUUCAUAAAGAUUAUUGUUUUCCAAAACUUGAAUUUAAUGUAUUACAAAGUGGUGAUGAUAAACUAUCUCCUGGUAUUAAUUAUCGAUCAGCUCAAAAAUAUCGUAUAAAUGGUACAGAAUAUCGAACAUUAUCAAAAAUUUAUGGUUUACGUUUUAUUGUUGCUAUAUCAGGAAAAGGUGGAAAAUUUGAUAUAGUUAAUUUAUUUGUUGCUAUUGGUUCUGGUAUUGGUUUUAUGGUUAUAGCUGAUAUUGUAUGUGAUGCAAUAUUUAUGUAUAUUCAUAAAUAUCGAGAACGAUAUCGUCAAGGAAAAAUUAAUGUAUGCGUAAUAUCUUCGGACGAAGAGAAUUCAGAUGGAAAUUUAACAUCAAUAUUGGCUAUGCAAAAAGAAUAA